GGCCACUCUGCACGAAUGCAAAAACAAACUGAAAUAAUUUUUUAAUACCAUUUUUCUUCUUGGCGCGAAUUGGCUACAAAAAAAAUGAAUGGAUCGCGUAAAAUAAAGUCCAUGAAGACGAUUCGCCUUGGCGACGUUCUAUACGACGACCAAAAACGACUUCUAACGCUGUGCCGCAGCUGCGAAUGCCACUUUAUGACGCUCCAAUCGUUCCAACGCCACCUAGCCGAUUGCCCCGGAGUAAAAUACAUAGUAACGCCGAUCGAACCGCUGGCAUUUGAUGAUGCCAAUCGGGAAACGAGACUGGUGAAUGGCAGACAGGAGAUUCACAUCUACGACCUGGAGGCGGUUAAGAAGAACACCAACACGGCCAUCGAUUGGGAGGCAGAGCUGGAGGAUCCACGCUGGUACACCAAUCCCAAGCCCACCGUGCAGACCAUACCAAAGACAAAUUCCAAGGAAAAUAUAGUAAAGGAGGAUGUAGUGCCGCUCGCCAAGGAGCCUCAGGAACCGGAAGGGGUGCCUGCGAAACGUCCGCGUAGCCCUCCCACCACCCGACGUACCAUUCUGACCUCCCAGCAGCAGCGCAGAUCCCGUGCCUGCUUGACUUCCCCUCAACCGCCAGCAGUAAAGAUGAAAAAGGCCAUCAUUCUGGUGCCCACUGUGCUGGAAGAUCUGAAGCGAUUGCAGGACACGGAGAAAAAGGAAAGGAUUCCAGAGGCACCACCAGCUCCUGUACAUCCUGUAAGGUCAUUGCAAUCUCGUGCUACCGGGACAACGCAGUCAACAUCUCAAUUGGAUAUCUGAAGUACCAGAACCUCCCAAGACGCCCGAGAAACCAGUUCCUACCAUAACAAGCAAAUCAACUCCUCCAUUGGAUGGCACCCAGAAAAUCCUAAACAAACUCAGAGCAUGCGGUGUGGAGGUGAAGCGAGCAAGUACCCAAUUGAAUGCCACGACUGAGCUAAAUCCAACCAAAAAUCAAGAGACCUUGGACAUCAUGAGAAAACUGCAAUCCAAGGGCAUCAGAUGCACCAAAGUAAGAAAAUCGUAGUUGUAUUCGCCGUAGUGUAAGGAUGGUGCCAUUAAAUGUGCCUCUGGAGGCGAGGAUUUAGCAAUAUAACUUUAUUUAAUUUAAAUGGAGAUUAAUAAAUUCCCGGAUAGCGUUUAUAACUUUAAUAGCAAGCGAGUCUCUUUAUUAUCAAAUCGCUUAAUUUUAAAUGUUUUAUUUUGGUUUUUUUGCUCAAGCAGUGUGACCUUUUGAUGCGACAACGUUAUCGAUUUAAUAUAUCGACUAUACACUAGUGGUGGCUAUUUAGCUUAUAAAUGUAUUGAACUAUAUUAAAUAAUUAAAACUAUAUAUCACUC